UGAAUCUCUUUAUAAAAAUGAAGCACUUCUCAGGCCACUCGUUUGAAGUUGACGAUGAAUUUCAUAGUUUUGAUUGAUUGAAUCAGAAGAUGAUACUUAGUAAAUCAGAGACUCAUCGAAAUUCUUCAACAAAGAAGAAUCUGAAUACAGGAGAUGCUGAUUUGGAGAAUAUUGGGUCUCAUUCUCAGAGUGAUGUAGACCAAACCAAAAUACAACCUUUGAAAGGAUUUAUUUGAAUGUUUUUAUCUGUGGUCGGAAUGACUCUUUAUCAUUUCUUUGCUAAGCUGGCUACUUUUCGCAACUCCAAUCUGAAUAAUAAUGAUUGAGUACUUUUUGUGGGGGCUAUUAAUUUUGCUGUUUUCGCUUUAUUGACAACUAAAGACAGAAUCAGCUUAAAUCCUUUCCUAUUUAGAGAUUAUUUUUGGCCCUUCUGAAUGAGUCUUCUAUGAGCUCUUGGGAUAAAUAAUCUAAUGAUUCUUGGAGUCUCUUUGAUCCCAAUAGGAAAGGCAGUCCUCAUUUUUGAUAUUAACCCAAUAUUCUGAAUUAUUCUUGCUGGCAUUAUUCUGAAAGAGUCAAUUGAAAAAGUUUAUAUAAUCUCUGCUUGAGGGUCAUUGAUCGGAAUUUACCUCCUAACAAUGAAGGAUGAGCCUAAUAAUUCAAAAUCUAGCCCUGUUUUUGGAACUAUAAUUGUAGUUUGAGCUGCUAUCUUCCAAGGACUUGUUUUCAUCACUGUGCGUAUUCUUGGAGCAGCUCGUAUUCAUUAUACACUAAGACCAUGUUAUGCAGGAUUAACUUUACUAAUAUACUCAAUCAUAGUUCAAGGAGGCAUAAAGGCAUAUACCUAUGAAGAUAUCUUUCUCAUGUCAUUAUCAGGCUUAAGCUGUGCGAUGUGACUAGGAUUCCAGACCCUGGCGUUUAGUUACCAGCUUGCCUCAAAAUUAGCCCCAAUGAUCUACAUAGAGAACAUUUUCACAAUUUUGGCAGAUGUUGUAAUCUUUGGGUAUAACUUUGGUAAAACAGACCUGCUAGGAAUUGUCAUAAUCUCCUGAUUCAUCGCCCUGCCCUUCCUUACAAGAUGCCUAAAAUAG